GUGAUUGAUACCGUUACUGUGCCGGUUGCAAGUAAUUCUCAAAUACAAAACGAUUGUGUUGUGAAUUGUUUCUAAUUGUGAAUCUUGUGUCUUAGAUUUGCUGUUGUGUUUGCAAUACUCUCAACGCCAGCUUUUGCGCAAAGAGUUUUACCGGCCGGGUUUUCGUCCAUUGUUGAUUGACUGCUCAGCUAAACUAGCAUAUCAGAAAUGCCUAAAAAUCCCGAUGCCGAGCGAAACAAUCCCUGCCUGGCAGAGCAGGAUUUGGUGCACAAAUGUUUGAACAGAAACAACUAUGACCACAGUGCGUGCGAGUUGUAUGUUACGAACUACACCAACUGCAAGGACUUUUGGUACAAAAUCCGUCGAGAGCGGCGAGCCAAGGGAAUCUAUCCCUAUCUGCCCGAUCUCGAGGACCGAGCUCGCAUCAAGGCUGAACAUAUGAAAUCGAAACCCACUAACAACUAGAUUGUUGGGAUUGUUUGGUGCUGCUGCUGUUAGGUUCAUUUCGAAA